AAUCCUCUCGCAAUUUUGAUAUUUCUCCACACAGAAAAUUCAACCGAGCCAACCAGCAAACAAGGACCAAACUGCAAAAUGCUGUCCCCCACCGCUCUCCGGGCGCUGGCGCCGGUGCACGCGGCGGCGUCGCCGGCGCACCCCACCACUGCAGCCUCUGCCGCGCGCUCGGCCGCGGCGGGGCGGCGCACGGCGGCGGCGGUUGUGGGCGCGGUGCGGAACUACGACUCGAUCCCGAAGCGGGAGCCCUUCAGCUCGAGCCGCAGCAUCUUCGACGAAUUCCUUAGGCAGGAUAAACCCCUCGUCCAGCGCACCAAAGACCAGAUCACAGAUUAUUGCACGUCGGUUGAAGGUGAUGAAUGUUGCAGCUGUUGGGAUGCGUACUUUGAGCUGAAUAAACUUGAGGAAGAGCUACCCAAAGAGGAAAUCGCAAGGAUGGUGAAGGAUUCAGAGGGAGAUGUGAGGUACCUGAUUAGUAGCAUCCAUCACCGUUCAAAUUUGCGGAAGAAGAUGGCUGAGAAAGCUCCCAAUUCAGUUUCGUCAAGCUCCCUGGAGCAAAAAGCGAAGCCAAGACCUUUCCCUGUGCCUGACGGAUUGCCGAAAACACAGGAAGAGCUCGACGAAGAAGAGGAUGCGCUGAUGCCAGAGUCUCCUUAUACAAGGUUGCUGAGGAGAAUGGGGAGAUAUCCUGAUUGGUACACUCCACGCCCAGAUCAUGAAACGGACUGAAUCAAGUCGAUCAACUAUCCAAAUUGGACCAUAAGAAAGAACAAAACUAUCCAAAUUUGGACCAUUUGGAAAUCUUGGGGCAAGAUAAGUACGCGUCUUAUGCAGGCUGAAGCUCUGUGUGGCUUAUGCUAAGAUCAGUAUUGCAGCUAUCCAGACAGGAUUGUGGUUUCUUGCGUUUUUUUUUUUGAAGGACAAUGGUUUCUUGCUUUUGCUUAAUGAGUUGUAUAAUGGUGUCUGUUUCGUGGUUUCCAGCUCUUGCCUCCAGAGUUCAGAUAGGUUUUAUAUUCACCUCGAGGUCUAAUGUACUGAUGUAUCUAUGUAUAUAUUCUGCAAUAAAAUCUAUGCGUUUGAUGAGA